AUGCGCUCAAUUCCUAUCCUCGUCAUUGCGGCCUUUGGGGCCAUUGCAGUUCAAUGUUUGGCCGCCCCCCAGCAAGGCCACGCUAUCAUCCCUCUUUACGAGACGUACCCGUACCCAAUGACCGGCAGCUGUGCUGGCUGUGGUACCGACUACGCCCAAUGUGGCGCUGAUACUUGCUAUGACUCCAAAGCUGGUGAAACUUGCGGUCAAGAUAAAUAUGCCUGCCUAGCCAAUUUCAUUUGUUCUUCUCCCGGUGAGCGCUGUGGAGGAGGUAUCGCCUCGACUUCUUCAACCUCUGCGGCCUUGACUCCAUCGAGCCCUAUUGCAUCCACUACGACACGCCCACCCAUUACGGUUACGACCUCCUGCUCUACUUCUAGCCCUAGCUCGGACACGACAACUUACACCGCAUCUAUCACUUCGACGACUACGAACACGGUGAUUGUGUCAGCGACGGCUUCAUCUCGCGCUCUGAGCGGUUCCACCACUGGCAUCACCAUUACGACUUCCGUGGUACUCUUGGGAAAUCCCACCGCUGUGGCCCUAAACACAACCACUUCCACCUUGUCGGUAGCCAAUGUUUCCACCGUUCAUCCUAUCAAUUCCACUCCCCCGAACACCACAACGCCUGCUGCCAGCGUCAGUCCUCCCAUCAGCGUUUACAAGGGAGCUGCCUCUGGGCUUCAGGGUCAAACUUCCGCAUCGCUAUUUGCCCUUGGAUGUGUGCUGUUCAUAUCUGCUCUGUUGAUAUAG